AUUUUCCUUUUCCACAUGGUGCUCUCCUGGCAAUGUUCUUGGUGCUGUUCAGCGUUGAUUGGCUUGGCUUUUGCCUGUGCUCUGGGAGUCACUUUUCUUGUUUUAGCAUGUGCCCUUCCACAAUACAACAACUGGUGGCCGAUGUUUGUUCUCUUCUUCUACUUCCUGUCUCCGCUGCCCACAGUGGUUGGACGAAGAUUGUCCAACAGCUAUGACUCAUCCAGCAGUGCCUGUGUAGAACUCUGCAUUUUUUUUACUACAGGAGUUGUUGUGUCGUCCAUUGGCUUACCAAUCAUUUUGGCUCACACAAAUGUGAUUGCGUGGGGAGCGUGUGCGUUGGUCAUCUCUGGGAACAUUGUGGUGUUCCUCACUAUACUGGGCUACUUCAAGGUGUUUGCCAACGAAGACAUUGAAUACAACAUGUGGUGAAAGGAAUGUUGAACUUGAAAACUUCUUUGUCACCUCAUCAUCUUCUCAUUUCCAAGGUGUAAAGCUUGCAUCAUGUACCUGUAUGGGAUUCAUCUUUGUAGCGGGAUACUUUCCUCCCGUUGUCGUUGUGCUUUGUUGUCUCUCUGACAGGGUUCCCACUCAACAGAGGAAAUGGGAAAAAGCCACAAAUUUCAUUUUCAGGUUUCCCAGUCUGGAAAACACCAAGAAAAUGAAUGAAAACGAAAAUAAAUAGGAGAAAGCGAGAAAAUCAAAGGGCUGCUGAUCAUUAUGAAUUUUGCGGAAUCAUUGUUCUUUUUUUUUCAAUUAUGAAAAUACAAUAGAAACACCCCCUGAUUCCGAUUUUUGAAAAUUUAUUUGCCGUUUGGCUACCCCUGCCCAUCUCCAACUCCCCGGUGUAUAAAUUAGAAAAAAUAGUCUAGACACUCGACAUUAUCAUGUCAUAUGCAGCUGUUUGACUUGAAUACUCCCUGCAUACAGAGCCCUUGUAGUCACCCGGUGCCACUUUGCACUUACAAAAACAUUGUUAGUGCAAAGGUAGGAGUAAGACCAACAUUAGUUUGACAAGGUGUUAAAAAAUUCCUGUGCUUUGUGCUGUGGGUGACGGCCCAGGCCAAUGAGAGAAUAAAAAGAAAAUCAAAAGAUGGAACAGGUUUGAAACUUGACACAAUCGGCUGCAGUGUGUGGCAUAUAGUGUAGCCAUGCACAAUCAGGAUCAAAGGCUUGUGAUGCGUCCCUUUGGUUUCUUUUGUUUCUGCAAGAGCAAGAGUCAAACUGACAGCCAAUAGCAACGACACCCAUCCACAGCCACAGGUUUUUUACAAUUUUUUAUUUUUUGCAUUUCUUUUCAUUUCUUCUUCCUGCUCUGUCAUCUUUUUACGUUAAAAAAAUCAAUUGAAGAUGGUUAACAAAUCCAAGAGAAAACAAGGUUUAAAAAACAGAAUUUGUUCUCCUUGAAGACUGGGAACCCUGUCAUGAUAUCAAAGCUACAUUUUCUACAGUUAGCUGAAAGGCUUUUCUUUCUUUCUCAUUUUUUUUCCAGCAACACUUUAAAUCCUUAUUUUUAUAUGAAAGAUAUAAAAGAGUAAGAGUUGUUCUGCGUGCUGGGUCUUUUUGGAGAGAUUUGUGGAGCAAAGACGGGGCUUUGAGCUCUUGGUGUUUUCAUGGGUCUCACUUCAUGUCAGUUUUGUAUUUCUUGUUGUGAAGUGAAAGGGUCAGUGAGAUAUUUGCUGCCAUGUACAUGCUUGUGAAUUUCCUUCUGUAAAGUUUUUUUUGUGGCAAGAUGUAUUGGCCCUGUGUGUAAAUUAAAGACCUAUCAAAGUAAAAUUGUGGGUAGUUGGCAGAUGUUCUGGUGCGGUUUGCUCCUUCUUUCCUGUCAAACAUGGUUUGUUCUUGCCUUGCCUCCUUCUUUUCUUCACACGUUACUCUCUAGAAACACCUGUAAUCUUUGGCACUUAUAUGAUGUAUUUAUGUUUUAGUUGCCAUUUAACUCUUACUUAAACUAAAAUGAAAUGUAGAACUCUUCAGGGACAAUUUACUGCUUGUUUAAGUUUACACCCUGUUCUGUGCUGGCCUCAUGUGAAUUUACCCUCUUUGAUUUCCUCUUGAGUUGAAGAGGUUUCAUAAAUAUACAAUCAAGGCACCAGCUUCUCUUUAUAUCUUUGUGUCGCAUUGAUGACUCUAAGCCCUUUAAGAUCUUUGUGCCAGUUUCUUAUUGCCUCACUUAAACUUUUUGCUGAAAAAGAAAGAGAAUGGUCCCACAUUUUUUUUUCAAAUUUCGAGGUAAAUUUGUGUUAUGAUGGCUUGGCUUCUUACAUUAUUCCAAAAUCUACAUAGGAUGAUGAUACACAAGAUCAUGUCACAUCAGUGUAUCUACCUACGAUGUUACAGGAACACCACUUCAGUUCAGUGCAGUGCCAGCUUUUUGAGUUAAGGGCAUAGUGUGUUGCUCCAGAACAUAUCCUAUUGACCACUCACCUAAAAACUAUCUGUUUAUUAGUUAUAGUGUUUGACUGCGUCAGGGACAAAGUACAUCCUAGUGUUGUGUACUAUCAACUCUUUACUCGAUAUUUGUCCUUUUCUUUUCUUCUUUUUUUCAGCUCUCAUCCAUUAACUUUUUUAUGUCGGGGGAUUGACAGAUUAUCAAUCUUUCCAUAAAAAGUAGAUAGACUUUUCUUUUUUUGUGGUUUUGCUGCCCACAAAAGACAUGAAUUAUGUAUGCAUUCUUUAUACUGAAAGCCGCAAGAUUUGUAGUGAUUACUCAUUAAUCAAAAUGAGUUGUGUGCUUUUUUUGUGUGGCCUAUAGAUGUGCUGCUGUCAUUAGAAACAACGUUUUCAAGCUCUGUUUUGGGAUUUUUAAAAGAUCUUCUAAUUUAAGUGAGUGUACAACAUGUUUACUCUAAAAAGCGAACCUUGAUCGAGUGUCAUAAGAUCAUGAAUAUUUCUCAUGGGCGGUCAGUAAUUUAUUCAUUUUCAAAACAAAACUAAUGCACAAAGCGUAUGUGAAUGAUUUUCUUAUAUUUGUCUUUGCAUUCUUCGUCUUCUUCAUUCUUUUUUUACUUGAACCGCCAUGUGUGAUAGGUUGCAUUUAUUUAUGUGGACCACAUUUGUAUGGUACUUUAUUUAAUGUUUUUGUACAUAUGGUGUAAAUUGUACUUAUAAGUAUGAGUAAUUUAUUCAUGUUUUGUCUUCACUGGUAAAUGAUUUUAAAUCUGUUCCCUUUUGUAAAGUAUCCUUGAGCCUAAUUUGAAAAAUAGUCUUUCCUUUUUGUCUAAUAGAUUAGCAGACAGAAAGAAAAAGCUGCUUUCUUUUUCUUUAACUUGUGUGCUUUUUAUUUCCUACUGUCUGCCUUAUUUGGGGAAUAAUUUGAACAGCUUAAGCUUUUUUUAGGAAGUGACCAAAUUGGACUUUUCUCAGAUCGGUGUUCCAAUUUGUAGGUAAAAGCUGCUCUUUCAUUUGUUUGCCAAAUUUUGUGUUCAAUAUGAGAAAUCGAUGCUAAGUAUGUGAUUUAGAAAUGUGAGUAAAAGUAGGCUACUUUGGUUUGUUUGUGAGUAGUUUUCGGCAAAGUAAAGGAAGUAGAUGUAAUGAUCUGAUGUUGUUUUCUUCAUGGAUUCAUCUGUCUGACUUACCUUCAGCCCAUUAAAAUUUUUAGUUUUUCAAGGGGUCAUAAAAAAAAUUUUCGUUAUGCUUUGGAUAUCUGCUCAGAAAAUUUUGCUGUAGAGAUUAUAGUUCUCCAGUCUGGUAAUAUAGUGUUAUUAUUUCCCAUUUCCCUCAGCUGUCUUGUCUUGCAUGUCAUUCUUUCUGUUCCUUGAUGCUGGUGUAUUUUUUGCAAUAUUAUGUCGUACUAUCUUUGUUUUGAUACACUUUCACUGGUAUUUCAUGAGAGUCAUGUUGAAAUUAUCCUCCAACCCCCCC